ACUCAAACACGGAGGAAGUACCGAGUCGGAACCAGGGUCCUCUCUGGUCAUCGAGGUUCAGGCUGUCAUGGACAAACUCAAGUCGGUUCUGAGCGGUGAAGAGGCCCGGAGAGACGACCGAACCGUUCUGGAGACGGUGAACGAAGCCUCUUCUCUCAGUUGGCCAACCAGGAUCAAAGGAUUCAUUGUGUGUUUUGUGAUUGGUGCAGCUUGUACUAUACUGGGGGUCUGUGUGCUCUUCCUGCCCAGGAUUGGAAUCACACUCUUCAUUGUUUUCUACACCUUUGGAAACUUAUGUGCGCUGGGAAGUACCAUGUUUCUGAUGGGUCCAGUCAAACAGCUGAAGAAAAUGUGUGACAGAACCAGAGCUUUGGCCACCACCAUCAUGAUCACCUGCUUGGUGUUGACCCUGUGCGCAGCCUUCUGGUGGAAGAAUUUCGGACUAGCCUUGUUGUUCUGUAUUUUACAAGUCUUGUCUUUUACCUGGUACAGUCUCUCCUACAUCCCAUGUGUCAGGGAGGCCAUCUGGAAGCUGGUGGCCUUGUUUAUAAAAUAAUCAGUCACCCUCUACUGACCAUUUGUUUGCACCUGCUGGAGACAUUGAUCAAAGUUGUAUUUGCUGAAGUUUAAAUGUAUUUAUAAUUUUCUAAACUAUUUUUGUAACAAUAAAAGUGUUUACGGUUCUGUUUCCUACUAGAUCUUUUUAGACAAAUGUUCAAAUGUUAGUUUGUAAAGAAGCUCCAAAAAGGUUUGUUUAAGUUGGAGCUUCUGCUCCAGGUUUGGAUGAGGUUUACUGUGGAAGGUCGUCUUAUUUUGAAAUGAUUGUUUUUCUCACUGACUUCCUUAAAUGUAGCCUUUUCUUUAUUUUUACAGAAAGACAAACUAAAGGGCAGAAUAUAUAUUUAUUUGUCCCUCAGGAGUGAAAUCAAGGAAUUUUAUAUAUUUUAUACCAUGGUUUCGAGAGGAACCACAUGUUGAUCCUCCUCUGUAAGUGGCUUUAUUGCACAAAUGUAUAUAGUAUAUGUAUAUACAAUAUAUAUAUAAAUGGAAGGUAUUUGAAUAUCAACUGCUUUUAAAAAUGUGAACUGUUACAUGAAGAAAUAUGGAUUUAUGAAUGUCAUGAAUGUGAUCUCAUGGUGAUCUAAUGGUGAUGGUCUAAUUUUACACAGCUUCUGAACUCAGUUAAAUUACAACAAUUUUUUUUGCUGUUAGCCUCGUGGACUAUCAUUUAAUACUAUUUCCUGUUGGUUCUGAUCUUGUUGUUGCUGCUGCUGUAUUUUCUAAUAUAAUGUUACCUGUGCUGUACUUUCGCCACAUGUUGACGUAGUUUGAUUUGAGUUUUAUUGACAUCAAUUCAACAUUAAAGUCUUUUAACUCCUUA